UGGGUGGGGGUGGGGUUGUAAAGUGAAACAGGAUGUAAAUCUGUGAGCACGUGACGGGCGUUCUUUUCCUGUGUCUGCUCAAUUGCGCUACUAUUCAAUGAAAAUGUAAGAUUUGUAAGACCUUACAAAACAGUUCUUAUUGUUCAGCAGAUUUUCAUUCCUUUUUUUCUAGCAUUUUUUUUCCAACAUUGAGAAUUCAAAAUUGUAAAUACUUACAUCUAAUUAAUCAGCGAAAUGAAGCAAUUUUGUUUUAUCUUGUUUAUUCCUGGAAUAAUUCUAUGGAUAUUGUUCAGUGUAAACCUGAGUGAUGGACACAAAAUCUGUGUGGAGCAGCUUGACCUGGUCGUUAUAUUGGACACGUCCAAGAGUGUUGGCGAGAAAAAUUUCCAGAAAUGUAUUUUUUUCUUAGAGGGGGUCGUGGCCAAUUUAUCAAUAGCCCCAGACUCUGUGAGAGUGGCGCUCCUUCGUUACUCUGACAAAGCUCAAGUUGUCUCGUAUCUUAACGACGAUAUGGAGAAACAGGAGAAACUCAAGGCUGUGGGUAGUAUUCAAUACAUUGAGGGAUCCACGUAUACGGACUUGGCUCUAGAAUUAACAAACGAGGAGGUCCUAAGUCCAGAAAGAGGGGACCGCUCGAAUGUAUCCGAUCUAGUUGUGCUCAUAACAGACGGCGAAUCCUCAAAUAAAUCCAGCACAAAGAAUCAAAGUGUGAAGCUUAAAAAUAGAAAUAAUUUGAAGAUCUUUACACUUGGUAUUGGUUCAGAGAUAGACGAUGAGGAAUUAGAAGCUAUAGCAACAAGCAAUGAUUUGUCUUUGAUCCUUGAGUCCUUUGAGAACUUAGCUGAGAUUAUAGCGCCCAUGACUAGCGUCACAUGUUCAGGGGGAUCUGUUUUGGAUCCGACCGAACCAUUUAAUGAACAGACGACAGAAUUAGGUGAUCAGUCAACACACUUAAGUGAUCAUACGACACAAUCGAAUUAUUCAACGACAUAUUCAAGCGCUCAGACGACCCAUUUAAGUGAUCAGACGACACACUUAAGUGAUUCAACGACACCAUCAAGAGCCCAGACGACACACUUUAGUAAACAGACGACACAACUAGGUGAUCAGAACAGACCAACAGAUCAAAUUACAGUACAAAUUAAAUAUCCCACCAUACAAUCCAAUGAUCAGACGACACAAUUAAAUGAUAAGACGCAAACAAUGCACUCAAGUGAGCCAACACGGCACUCAAGUGAUCAUACAGCACACUCAAAUAAUAAACUGACACGCUCACGUGAUCAGACGACAUACUCAAGUGUUUCAACGAGGCGCCCAAGUGCUUCAAGGGAUCAAGUAAGACAACCAAGUUAUCUGGCCACACGACAAAGAUAUUCGAAUGCGCAAUCAAGAGGUCUGACGACACAAUCCUAUAUUCAGACGACAAAAUCAAGAAAACGUAUAACAAACUCAAGAAAUUAUAAGAAGCUUUCCAAUAAUCAGACAACACACUCCAAUUAUCAAAUGAUAUAUUCCAGAAAACUGACGACAUACGCGGUUAAUCAAGCAAGGCAGACAUAUCAGACGAGACGACGAUUUUUUUUAAAUACACAAUCAAUUGAUUUGGCGACACAAUCAAGUAGUGUGUCUACACAAUCAAGUAGUCUGACCACACAAUCAAGUAGUCUGACCACACAAUCAAGUGGUCUGGCGACACAAUCAAGUGGUCUGACGACUCAUUCAAAUAUUCAGACGACAAAAUCAAGUAAUCGUAUGGCAUAUUCAAGUAAUUAUUAUAUAACACGUUCAAAUCAUUAUACGACAGACUCCAAAGAUUAUAUGACACAAUCCAAUGAUCAGAAGGUCUAUUUGAAUAGUCCAACGACUCGAUUGACUGAUCGUGCAGUCUACUCAAGCUCUACAAGGACAUUGGCCGGUGGUCGAUCAAGAGAGCUGGACUUGAUCAUAAUUUUGGAUACCAGCGUCAGAGAAGAUUGUUUUAUGGCAAAUAUCAAUUUUACUGAGACUUUAUUAGAAGAACUGCCAAUAUCAUCCGACUUGGUCCGAGUUGCAUUGGGGUAUCACUCCCAUCAAGUACAAAUAGCCUCGUAUCUCAAUGAGAGCACGAACAAAGAAGACAAACUGAAAGAAGUGUUAAGAAUGAAAGAAUUAACUCUGUCUCAAACGUUGAAUAAGUCUUCACAAAUAUCACAACUGGAUGUACUGGAAGGAGAUCGAUCCGAUGUAGCUGAUAUUAUAAUGUUCAUAAAGAGCGAUCUAUUCAUCAGCUCAAAUUUAACUAUAAACGAGACUAAGAUCUACUCCAUUGGUGUAUUAAAUAUAUCAAACGCUCAAGACUGGCUGAAGGCUUCAAAUCUUUCGAAUGUUUCAUUUAUCGUUGAUUCUUUCACUUCACCAAAAGAUGUUGCCAACUAUUUGAUGACCACAUCAACGUCGGGAAUAACAACAAGGCGCUACCUGGUGGUUACAGUUCAUCAAAGAACAUCGUUCCAGAAUCUAGAAAUAGAACUUUCUGAUAAGCCAGUUGGGGACGUAAACAAUGCCACUUUCUUGACUUAUCUUGGUAUAUCUAUUGCCAUUAUAGUCGCCGCACUGGCCAUCGUCGUAGCUUUAGCUACUUUAUACCGCAAAAAACAAAACAAAAACUGUGCUGAUAACCCAUAAACUGACUACUUUACAUGGUUGCUAAGCAACCAGUUGAUUUUGACAAGACCCCACUACAAAGAAAUCAGCCUGUUCGGUAAUAACUGCAGUAGAUUUCGAGUUACUGGGGGAAAGAAAAACUAAAAAGACCUUGAUCUAUACAAGUCUUGAUCUCAAUAGACAAUGGAUCUCAUUUCACCAAUCGUAAACAAACAAAAUUUAGCCACGUGGUUCUCUAUCUCUUCUAUACAAAUUACUUAAUACACACAGGAUGUCACGUGACAGGUAUUUUCAUUGCUUUAUCAAUAUUAUCACGUGACUAAAUGUUGUUUGUUUACGAUUGGUGAAUGAGGUCCAUUAAUUAGCCAGUAACAGAAUUCAGGUGAAAUAAAAGUGCCUACUAUUUAAUCCUUUCAUUACAAAUUGUUAUGCUUUAUUUUGUAGUAGCUCUCUAUGAUUUAAUGGGGGGGAACUUGUUUUUGUGUUUGAAAUCGAAAGUCUUCACCGGGUAAAACCUAAAAUAUUGUCGCAAAACAAGGAUCUAAAUCUAAAUCUAAAUCUCUAUCAUGUAAAUAUAUGUGUGUGUGUGUGUGUGUGCGUUUACUAGGUUGCUACUUUAUGCUUAGUUAUUACGUAGUAAAUUCACAGUAUUAAGAAUCUUAGCGUAAUCAUUUAUCAUUUAAGGGUUGGAAUUAGAAGUUCUUUGUUCAUAUAGGUCAGACUUAGUAGCUUUGCAUUACAGAAAGGAUUAGACUAGCGAAGUUCGAAGCAGCCUUUCAUAUGCGUUUUUGAUCUCCUCUAGGGACAUGUCGUCUUGAUUUGUAGAUCCCAGGUACGGCUUCUACUUUGUUUUAUCAAUGAUGAUAGACUCAGACCAAAAUUUUGGGAAAACCGGAAGCUAAUUACAUAAUACCAAAUUGGAAGUCUACAAGGCAUAUGUUUUAGCACGCUACUGUACGGUAUAGAGUCAUUAACAACCUAUGCAAAGCAAGAGAGAAAACUAAAUUAUUUCAUUGAGAUACUUGCUCCAACAGGUCUUCCCAGCAUCUUUACAAUUCUCGGGAAAAGCCGCCUACGCUGGCUGGCCAUCUCCACUGAAUGGAGAACAAUCGUACCCCGAAAGUUAUCCUUUAUGGUCAACUCGCGAUUAGCUCAAGAAAACUGGUCGUGUCCAUCCGAUGUGUGAAUUAAAUCAUACUGAACCUCAAAACAGUGGACAUUGAUGCUGACUACUGGGAAGACAUAGCCCUAGACCGCACUAUAUGGAGAGAGAUGGUCACCAAGAAAGCUAUAUACAGCGAAAAAGCAUCGGCUUCUGCUUUGGAAGAAAAGCGUACCAAACAAAAAUAUGGUUGGCUCCUCUACCUUCAAAGCAAAUGUCACCUUAACCUGUGAUACAAGUGGACGGGAAUGUCUCUCGAGAAUAUAGCUUCAGAGUUUGCUGGUUUGUAUGUUUUACAUGUUUUGGAUGUCCCUUUAGAGUUGAAGAUAUGAUCUAAUCUACUUCCUAGUCCAAAGCUACCGCAGGACAGCGGGACCAUCGAGACAACCGAAUGACAGUCUAGCGCGCAUAUCGCAGGACCAGGCAGACUUGAAAAUGUGUUCUAAGAGACUAAAAAGGCCAAAAAAAACGAAGGAUUAAGAUUUAUAAAAUGAGAAAUAUUUAGUUCAGUGACUACUCUUUUUAUUACCAUAUAAUGUGUGUACGAUAAUGUUUAUAUUUAUUAUAAAGAAAACUGUAAAACAUGUUUAUUCCAAUUUUAAAAAAGAUGCAUAUUUAAUAUGUUUAUAAUAAGCUGGUUGAUUGUAUAUGUUGCUAUUUUUUCAUGUAGAGAAGUCAGGACUAGAGGUGUUUAUUGUAAAAAGAUUGGAGUAAGACAUGCCACUGACAUGUUGAUGUGUUUACUUGUGUGUACUUGUGAACACAGUGUGAUGUCUUUAUUGUUGUUUGAUUUGUUAAAGGCAUGUUGACUGGUGGUAGACUUACUUAGUGAGUUUUCGAAUGCUUCAAUGCUGUUUUUAUAUUUAAUUAUUUCAAUGUUUUCUUUGUUGUUAUUGUUAUACAUAGUAGUAAAAAUAAACGUGUUGCUAAAUCUUGUGGAAGAAA